AGCUGCGUCCCCACCGACCCAGCCCCCCUGCCCACCAUGGCCAAGAGCGGAGAGGUCCCACCCCGGGCCAGCCCUGCCUCCACCACAGACCCCCACAUCAUCAAGGUGACGGUGAAGACACCCAAAGACAAGGAGGAGUUUGCAGUCCAGGACACUUGUACCAUCCAGCAGCUGAAGAAGGAGAUCUCUCAGCGUUUCAAGGCCCACCCUGACCAGCUGGUCCUUAUCUUUGCGGGAAAGAUCCUCAAGGACCCAGACUCCCUGGUCCAGUGUGGCAUUCGUGAUGGACUCACCAUCCACCUAGUCAUCAAGAUGCAGAAGCGGGGUGGGGGGCCAGAGUGCCUGGCCCCCAGCCAGCCAGCCCUGCCCCCUCCACCCCCUCCACCCCCUCCACCAGUCCCAGUCCACCCUGGUGGGGCCCACCCCUUCAGCCUGGGUGUCCUCACGGGGCUCAACGGAUUGGGGCUCACGUCUGGCAGCUUCCCUGACCUGCAGAGCCAGCUCUUGUGGCAGCACAUAUCUGUGCCCGAGCUGGUGGCUCAGAUCAUCGAUGACCCCUUCAUCCAGGGCCUCCUCUCCAACACUGGCCUGGUCCGUCAGCUGGUCCUCGAUAAUCCCUACAUGCAGCAAUUGAUCCAACACAACCCCGAGAUUGGUCACAUCCUCAACAACCCAGAGAUCAUGCGCCAGACCCUGGAGUUCCUGCGUAACCCAGCCAUGAUGCAGGAAAUGAUGCGGAGCCAGGACCGGGCGCUCAGCAACCUGGAGAGCAUCCCCGGUGGGUACAACGCUUUGCGGACCAUGUACACGGACGUCAUGGACCCUAUGCUAAACGCAGUGCAGGAGCAAUUCGGUGGGAACCCCUUUGCGGCUGCAGCCACCACCUCUAGCGCUACUAACUCAGGAUGUAGUCAGCCCUCUAGGACCGAGAACUGCGACCCCCUCCCGAACCCCUGGGCCACCCACUACGGGAUCACCGCUGGAGGACAGGACCGGCAGCACGGAGGCCAGGACUCCAGGCACAUCCCACUCAGACCAGACUCCCAAGAGGGAUCUCCUGGCUUCCCGAGCAUAGGACUCACAGGCUACCUACAGCAGCUCCUGGAGCCCCCGCAGGGCCUGGGGGCUUACUUGCAGGGGCCAGCAUCUCCUCUGGGUCUCGGUCAAGAGCCUAGCCCAACAACUCUGUCGGGGGGCCACGCUCCCCCAGCAGUACCGCCAGCCCAGCAGUCUGGGACCAGGCAGUCCUUACCCAAAGAGCCUCUUGCAGUCAAAACCAAGACCACCUGUCCUGCAUUUUUAAGACCUCCUACAACUAGCAGCUCCAAAAGGGGUAGUGACAAAGAAGAUGGCAGUGUAGGCCCCAAGGGCCAUAGCACCAACAUGCCCAAUCUGGUGUCAGGUCUGACAGCCACCAGUGGGGAUGGCUUUAUGACCUCAUCCACAGCCCCAGUUGCUGGGCCCCCUCAGGCGCCAGAACCUGCAUGGAUGGCUAGGCCAACCUACGUGAGGCCCCCAAGAACGGUCCCCAUGGACACCUCCACUAGGGGUGCCCUACAAUUUCAGGAAGAGAUGCAAAGGCAGUUACCCCUGCUCGUCCACCUCCAAGCAGCCAUGGCAAAUCCUCGAGCCCUCCAGGCACUGUUGCAAAUUGAGAACGGCCUACAGACCUUAGCCACUGAGGCACCCCGUCUCUUGCUCUGGUUUUCACCUUCCCUAGGGAUCCUGGGGAUCCCAUCAUUCAUGCCUGGAGCUGAGAUGGGCGGCUGCCCCCUAAACAAUCCAACAUCAGUGGCAAACCCAGAGGAUCCCCCGGAGACAGUUGCCCGAACUGUGUCUUCUGGUCAAGGCUUGGCUGAGGUAGAACCUCAUUCAGCCCCCUUCUUCCAGAUGCUGCAGGUCUUGACCAACACCGGUCCCCAACUGCAGUCAUCACCACUGCAGCAGCCUGAGGCCCAGUUCCAGCCCCAGCUGGAACAGCUACAUGCCAUGGGUUUCCUCAACCCAGAGGCCAACCUCCAGGCCCUCAUUGCCACAGAGGGCGAUGUGGACAGGGCUGUGGAGAAGCUGAGGGAGUCACAGAUAUCCUAA